AGGUACUUCUUAACUUCUACGUCCUUUCCACGUCUUCACUCCCAAUCAAUGUAUCGUCCCUUCUUGUUUCCUAAAUUUCUUAUUUUAAAACUCCCCACCCACUGUUUCCCCCAUGCUUGCUUUCACUAAAAAUGUCAGCUUUGUUCCUCAAACCUCUCAUUACUCCCCAAAAGCUUCAAGACUCACCAAAGAAACUCAGAAUCAGAACCAAUGCUAACAAAAAAUCAUCAUCAUCAUCAUCAUCAUCAUCCAUUAGAGCAACAGCAGCAGCAGCAGCAGCAGCAAAAUCAGACCAUUGAUGAAACCAAAGCAUCUCUUUACCAAGCAUUGCAAGGUACCAAUAGAGGUAUCUUUGGUGUUCAAUCUGCAAAGAAAUCAGAGAUUGAAGAGCUUGUCAAACUGUUGGAGUCUAUGAAUCCCACACCUCAUCCUACUGAUCAACUUCAGGAUAAGGUGGAUGGAUGGUGGAAACUUAUUUACACCACAAUCACAAUUCUUGGGUCAAAGAGAACCAAACUUGGACUGCGUGAUUUCAUUUCUCUUGGAGAUUUUUACCAGAUAAUUGACGUCACUAAUGGAAAAGCCAUUAAUGUAAUCAAGUUCAGUGCAAGAGGUUUCAAAAUGCUCUCAGGACAACUAACUGUUGAAGCAUCCUUCCAAAUUGCAUCCAAAACUAGAGUUAACAUCAAAUUAGACAAGUCAAGCAUCACUCCUGUUCAAUUGAUGAAUCUGUUUGUGAAGAACUAUGAUCUCCUUCUCGAAAUUUUUAAUCCCGAAGGCUGGCUCGAAAUUUCCUAUGUAGAUGAUUCAAUGAGGAUUGGAAGAGAUGAUAAAGGCAACAUGUUUGUGUUAGAAAGGACUCAGCAGGAGUUAAGUUUAUUCAGAAAUGUCGUCGAUUAAUUACCGAGUUUUUAUUAAUUGCAAUGAAUUUUUGAAUGUAUAUGAGUUCUUAUUGAACUUUCAGUUUGUAUGAAAACAAACAGAAUUGAUUAAUAAGAUAAAAAAAAAAAUUAAAUUGGAAAGUGAGAGUGAAAGAAACAU